AUGGACAAUCAGUGCACGGUUCAAGUAAAAUUGGAGCUGGGGCACCGAGCCCAACUGCGGAAAAAGCCCACCACCGAAGGGUUUACUCAUGACUGGAUGGUGUUUGUCCGUGGCCCGGAGCAGUGUGACAUCCAGCAUUUUGUGGAAAGGGUGGUCUUUCGGCUACAUGAGAGCUUCCCAAAACCCAAGCGAGUGUGCAAGGAGCCCCCUUACAAAGUGGAGGAGUCUGGCUACGCAGGCUUCAUUAUGCCCAUUGAAGUGCACUUCAAAAAUAAGGAGGAGCCGAAAAAGGUUUGUUUCACAUACGACUUGUUCUUAAAUUUGGAGGGAAACCCACCUGUGAACCACCUUCGUUGUGAGAAACUGACUUUCAACAACCCCACCAAGGAAUUCAGACGCAAACUCAUUAGGGCUGGAGGGGUAAUGGUAAUGCCAGAAGGAGCAGAAACUGUUUCAAGGCCAAGUCCCGAUUAUCCUAUGUUACCCACAAUACCUCUCUCUGCCUUCUCUGAUCCCAAGAAGACCAAACCAUCCCAUGGGUCAAAGGAUGCAAACAAGGAAAGUAGCAAGGCAUCCAAGCCACACAAAGUAACCAAGGAGCACAGAGAGAGGCCAAGAAAAGACUCUGAGAGCAAAAACUCUUCCAAAGACCUUGAAAGAGAACAAAACAAGCCUUUGAAGGACUCGUCCAGAAAACCAACUGAGAACAAACUGCCUAAGGAGGAGAAGGCACCUCCAAAAGCUGCUUUCAAGGAACCAAAACUGGCCGUGAAGGAGACCAAACUGGAGAACACUUCUCCAAAGGGUGGGCCACAGCCGGAGUUGAAGUCUUCCAGCAAGAGGCCCUCCAAUGUGGAGUCACCAAAGCCUAGUGCCAAAAAACAAAAAAAGAGUAGCUCCAAAGGGGUAAAGAAUAUCCUAGGGACAUCUCCCAGAACCUCGUCUUCCUCAUAUCCAGAGAAGAAACAAACCAAGGAGAAGAUGAAUGCCAAAGUGGAAAAGGUAAAACCUGAAAGUGAGGCCAAGGAGAUCAAAAAGCCUGUAGAAAUGGAGGAGUCAAAUUCAGAGGAUGAAACUUCUUUCAAGUCAGAGUCUGUCCAGUCCAGCCCUUCCAACUCCAGCUCCAGCUCCGACUCCAGCUCUGACUCUGAUUUCGAGCCAUCUCAGAACCACAGUCAAGGCCCGCUGCGUUCCAUGGUGGAAGAUCUGCAGUCAGAGGAGUCAGAUGAUGAUGACAGCUCCUCUGGAGAAGAGGCAGCAGUCAAAGCAAACCCAGUCAGCCGGGAUUCCAGACUGAGCCUUAGCGACAGUGACAGUGAUAACAGUGCAGAUUCCUGCCUGCCAAGUCGAGAGCCACCUCCUGGUCAGAAACUGCCCCCAGCAAAUAAUAAGGCAUCUGGAAGAAAAAGCCCAGAGUCUUGUAACAAGCCAGAGAAGAUCCUGAAGAAGGGAACAUAUGACAAGGCCUACACUGAUGAAUUAGUGGAGCUUCACAGGCGACUAAUGGCACUACGAGAGCGCAAUGUGCUACAGCAGAUUGUAAAUCUCAUUGAGGAAACCGGGCAUUUUAAUGUUACCAACACAACCUUUGACUUUGACCUCUUCUCCUUGGAUGAGACAACCGUCCGUAAGCUGCAGAGCUACUUGGAAGCAGUAGCAACAUGACGCUUGGCCUUAGAAGCAGGCUGCUUUUGAAACCAGAAAUCCCGUUUAUUGGUACCAGGAAACGAACCCAUGGAACUAGGCCUUCUUAUUCUCUUGAUUCACCCGAAGCACUGCCUUAGAGAACAGCCAUGCUCUAUGAAUGCACAGCCAGCUGCACUUUCUUGUAGGCUUCAAACAAGCACCCAUAUUGCUGAGUCUGUCCUCCCUAGCUUCGUAAGUACGCUUGGGCACAGGUCCUGAGUAGAGCAAAAGACGUGCUGCACUUAGCUGCACAGUGUGACCUUUUUGGUUUUACUUCAAGAAACUGUGUUUUAAGAGCACAUUUUCAGGCAUCUCUGAGAUCUGAAGAAGUGUGGACGAUGUUUUCUUCACCAAAUCUAGGGACCAGCCUGCCUGCAGAGAGCUCCAGCGAGUCCCGUUUCCUCCAGCUCUGUGAAGAAGCGUUCAUGCUGUGUAAGUAAGAUUGGCUUUUACAAAGCUAGCUGAGAGACUGAUGACAGAGGAGGCUUCCCGGGGUCCUGCUGGUCUGCUGCAGAGGAAAGUGGACAGAUUCCAGUUUUGAUCACUUGCAAGUUAGUUCUGCCGCGGUUCGGUACAGAGCACUGCUGUAAUUUGGCUCCCGAUUCCUACAGGGCAUUGUUCCACGCGCAGGACCUUCAGCUUCCUGCAGAGACAGUUCGUGCUCUUUGAAGAGGCCUCUAGAAUCUGCUGUCUCCCGCUGGGGUUUUGAGAUGUCUUGUUUGUUGAUCUGAGCUCCUAAACAAAGUCUCACUCCUUUCAGUCUGCUUUAACUGUAAUAGGACUACAAAACUGUAAGCUGUAUAUUUUAUAUAUAUAUUAUAUAUAUGUAUGUACUGUAUGUAUAAGAAGGGCCUAGUUGGGUCUUAUGAUCUUAAGGGUGUGUUUUUCUGUUAUGUUUUUUAAUGGCUAUGGCAGGGGAAGGGCGCUUAAGAAGAUUCGACUUGUUUGUUAAAAUGCCUCUUGUGGACAAUUUUUGGUGUAUGAAAGCUGAACAGCAAUCUUCAAAGCAUUUUGUGCUCUGGAAGGGGCUCACCUGUCAUCUUUUCAUUUGUCAGUGUUUAAUAACUUUGCCAAAAUACGUGAUUGGUUUUGUUCUAUGUUCUCAAAGAGGAAUCUCCUACAGUGGCCCCUAUAGUAGUGGCUGUACUUUGGGAAAACCAAAACAAGGGAGAAUUUUAUCUUUGGACACACCUGGAAAACGCUGAUGUAAAAAGCAAGUGAAGUCAGGUUUGUUUCCUCUUCCCUCUCCCGCCCCGCUGCCUGUUCAAGAAAUGGCAGGAAACAGUAAACACUAAUCCAGAACCUUUCAUGUAUUUCUAGUUAAACUAGUAUUGACUUCCAAGUGUUGUCUAGGUGGGUGUGAGGAAAGUCCCGUAGCUUUCAUCAAAACUUGUAUUACACUCCUGUUCCCUAAUUUCAGGUUAGGUUUGGUUUUUUUUUUUUUUGAAGAAUUGCUCAGUUUUUUCCAAUCAGUGUGUAAGCUUUUGCCAAAUGUUAAGUGGGCUGCAGGCAGUGAGGAGGAGAGCAGCGGUCCGGAGGAGCCCUCUGCUCGUGAGUGGCCCUCCCGUAUCUGUGAAAGCCCCGUGGGGGAGCUGGGGGGUUGCAUCACGCCAGGGUUUGCUGUCCCUUCUCCAUUACGAAAUUGCAGUCCCUUGUUUUGGGUUACCCCUUUCUUUAUCAUGGAAAUGUUGCAACUAAUCAACUUAAGUGGCAAUAUGAUGAUAAGCUUGUUUGAGUUGGGUCAUGUUGACCCGAUUCCCAUUAAUUUUGUCUUUGUACCAUCUUUCAUGUGUCGUGUGUGUGAGUGUGUGUGUGUAUAUAUAUAUAUAAAAAAAAAAAUCAAGCUCAUGCCAGGUGCAAACCCUGUCACACCAGUGAUCUCAGCUGUUUUCUUUCUUGAUGGACAAUGCCAAGCCUGGAUAGAAACCUGUGCGCAAAUGUACACUGAGAAGGUGGAGGACAGUGGGAAGAGGAGGAGCUGCGGUUCUGUCGUGGUUGGCAGUGGGAUGCACCGCGGCGGAGGACGGCAGACGCAGUCCACGAGUGUCGCAGACUCGCCCGUGUGCUGUGUUAGGCGUGGUGGGUAUGUGCGAACUACUCAUGGUCUCUGUUGGGUCUGUGGCGUGGAGGAGGCAAGCCUUGUGCGGUCGCUACGGCCCCAAACUCGGCUCCCUGGGCGUGCAGAGCAGCCCCUGGCACGUGGUGCCUCCUGCCCACUGCCCCCAGUGAAGGGUGGGGUUGGUGACGUUGUCCUGUCCCCGGAGCAAUAGGAGCAGCGGUGGUAGCCAGCCUGAGCCGGAGAUCUCCCGAGGUCUUUGCCUCCUCUCUCCACCUGGGUAACUUACUCCCACAGCUAUUGCAGCCGUGUCGCCCAUCCUGGGCCACACCAUCAGUAGGCUCCAGAGUUACCCCACGAGGGAUCGGAGGUGCCACCUCCCUUCUGCCCCCUUCUCGUGUUAGGAUCUGAAUGGUCACGCUGCUCCCAGCCAGUCCAAGAACCCGUGUGGGAGGGCGUUCCUAAACUUGGCUGGAAGUGCCCGGAGCUCCCGCCCGCGGCUGUGGCAUCGUCCUGUCCUGGAACCGACUUUAUUCGUGAAGUCUAAUGAGCAUUGAUAGGAAUUUUGUUUGGUUUUUAUAAGAAGUAUUUUACACAUGGAUUUUUUUAGACUGUUUAUAAUCUCCUUGAAAACCUGAAAUAGGAUUGUUCCCCCAGCAAUAGUUCUCUUCCAUUGUGUGCACAUGCUGAUUUGUUACUAAAAGGUUUCUUGCAAGUACUUAGUUGUUCUACAGAGUUGUUGUUUUUUGGGGUAUGUGGUAGCGUCGGGGACCACAGGAGGAAUGACUCUGCAAACAAAGAAUGGUCAAAUUUGGGCCUCAUCUUGUGUCCCCUUCUAGUUACAUAUGAACGAGUUCCCUGUGUAGAUUCUGUAUAGGCUGGCUGAAUGCUGUUCUGAACAUGCCGUGUACAGGUAUUUGUGGAUAAAGUGUUUGUUCUUGUGUCACUCUUGAGAGCAUGGAUGGAUUAUUGUACUAUAGGAAGGAGGUGGCAGUGCUGCUGUCAGCAUUGCUUCAGGUCUUCGAGGAUGUGUAGUAGCUUGCAUUGUUAAAAAAAGGAAAAAAAAAAAAAUAUCCAAAAUUGACUUCUAGCCAUAAUGGUUUUUCCAAGGAAGAUGGACAGAACUCUGUUACUUUUCAGUGUCCUUCAUCUUGUUACUGAAGGCACGAACAAGUGCUGAUCGGCUUUCAGAGUUGCUUUGAAUUGAAUCGUGUUGGAGGUGAGAUCAGGGCACAGCUUUUCCUUUGUCCUUGGCCUUUGCAUUAAAGGGCAAAAGAGGGGGCAGGAGUGUUUUCCUGUUGUCUUGGUCUGCGUACGUAUUAAGCCUUGAGGCUUUGAUUACUGACAUUUACUAUGAGGAGGAAAAAAAAAAAAAAGAGGAUAGUAAGGCUGGCUGGAUCCCAAAACACCGGCUGAGGAAUAUCGGACACAUAGGUAAGGAGACUGGCUGUGCUGUGGUCAGGCUGAAUACAUGGAAGUGCAAUGAUUUUGCCACCAGUUCUUCUGUUGCUGUGUGCGGUGGUAGCAUCAGAACUAGCAAAGCAAUUGAUGCAACAAUCCAGAAGCAGUUUUUGUCAGAUCUUGAACGUAUUUGAUGGUGAGAGAGGUUUAAACUUCCCUUACGGAGCUUGCCCUGUCACGUUCUCUGCAAGCAGAGACCCGAGGCACUCUGGUUCUGCAAAUUUCGGCUGUCACGCUGGCGAAUGCACUGGAGCACGGGCGGUGUACUCGGACGAAGGGUCUCUCUCCUAGCCCAGGUGCCUGGCACUCACUAGUUGGCAUCCUCGUCUCGAUGCUGUAGACAACCACGGUGCACCUUGUACGAGUAUUACUUCUAAAAAAGAUGAAAAUCGGUCGGUGUUGCUUUCCUGGGGGCGUGAAAUAGCCAUCAAAAACUGACAAGAUGAGUUUGCACUCCUAAAGAAAAAUGUAAGUACUUCAACUUCUAGAUAAUUUUUAAUUGUAUUUCUGCCUAGAGCCGAGGUAUUAAAUACCUUGUCACUUGAGGAUUUUAAAAGUUGUGUUGGGAAAUGAAUUCUUCACUCAGCUGUAAGAUAUUCAGCUGGCCCAAGACUAACUUCAAGAUUAAAAAAAAAAUAAUAAAAAAAAUCAUGUUUGUAAUACGUUACAGGAUUGUUUGUCCUGAAUUUUAAACUUUUUGUUAAAUUUGUGGAACUAUGGAGGAAUUUUCUAGAAAAAGUGAAAUAAAGUAAGAUGGAAA